AUGUUGCCCAAGGCAUUGUACCGUCAAAUCUCAUCGUUUCCCCGACUUUCCAGAGGAUUAGCUACGCAUGCGCCUCUUUCCUCGAUUCCCGCUUCUUUUCAUUUGAAAACGGGACAAACCUUUAAAGGUCGUUCGUUCGGUUCACCACAUAGUGUUUACGGUGAGACUGUCUUUUCAACCUCAAUCACAUCUUACACCGAAUCUAUGACCGAUCCAUCAUAUCGUGGACAGAUAUUAGUCUUUACCACACCACUGAUAGGAAACUACGGCGUUCCUCACAACGGUGCACCCUACGAUUCUCAGGAUGUAGGAGUGAUAUUGGAGUCCCAAGGCAUACAAUGUGCUGCGGUCGUUGUUGCUGAUGUUGCCGAGCAGUUUUCGCAUCACGCUGCUGUGGAAUCUCUCGCAUCUUGGUGUCAGCGUUAUAAGGUUCCUGGAAUCACCGGCGUCGAUACUCGAGCAAUAACGAGGCUAUUGAGAGAUCAAGGAACCACCCUUGGCCGCCUUGCUGUCGGCGCGGACGCAUCUCUUCCAGCACCGGAUGCUCACGAGUACUGGGAUCCCUCCUUAGAGAACCUGGUAGAUCAGGUUUCUACCAAAAAACCUUACGAUCUCAAUCCCACCGGUUCAAUCAAAGUCGCUGUUCUUGAUUUUGGAGCCAAAGCCAACAUUACGCGCUCGCUCAUCCGUCGAGGUGCAGCCGUCACUGUCCUACCAUGGAAUUACGACUUUAAUGUUAUUCGCGAUCGGUUCGACGGUCUGUUCUUGAGCAACGGGCCUGGCGAUCCAGCUCACUGCAUGGAAGCCGCACUGAAUCUUCGCCGUACCCUGGAAGAAUGGAACAAACCGAUUUUCGGAAUCUGUAUGGGUCACCAGAUUAUUGGGAUGGCAGCAGGAUUGGAUGCAUAUAGGAUGACGUUCGGUAACCGUGGUCAUAACCAGCCCGUGCUCGCCUUAAAGUCAGCCGGUUCCAUCACUGCGGGUCGUGUGUAUGUUACGAGCCAAAACCAUCAGUAUGCACUGAAACUUCAAGAUCCUUUCCCACAAGGAUGGGAACCUUUCUUCAUCAACUGUAAUGAUUCUUCCGUUGAAGGGAUAAAAUCGACGUCCGAUUCUGGCAAGAAGGUUUGGGGUGUACAGUUCCAUCCAGAAAGCGCUGGUGGGCCGCUCGACACGAUUGAGAUGUUCAGUGACUUUGUCGCGGAAUGCAAAGCACAUAAGCUUCAGAAUCAAGAUACCCUUGGAAUGUUGAAUGUAGCUUCACCUCUACAACGUCAAACUGUUCCCCCACGCGUUGCAGUUGCGGCUUAG